GAUUUUUCUAGGAAACUUCAAAUAUUCCGAAAAGGAGAAUUUCUUGGAUUGAACCUGCAAUGUAAAAAGGAGGAAUGCUUUGGAGAGAGAAAGUGGUCGUUUCAAACGAAAUUCACGAUGAAACUAGUAGCUGUCAGUGGGAAGUUUUUCCGACGGACUGUUCAAUAUGAAUUCCAAAAGCCGGAAGGACAUGGAAUGAACGAAUUCAUUAGUUGGGAGAAUAUGCUGAGAGAUUAUGUGGAUAAUGAUAGUAUUAUCAUUGAAAUCCAUGCCGAUAUUGUUAGCAGUGCGGGUUUCUUUAAAGUCAAAUGAGAAUGCAUAUAAAAAAGUCUAACGAGUUUCUGGGAACUUAUUUGCGCUGCGAAAAAGAAAUGUACGAAGGAAGAAAAUUGUCGAUUGAGUGUGAAUAUGAAUUUAAACUGAUUUCUGCGAGCGGGAAACUUCAUUCAACACAGCACAAGGCUAUCUUUGGAGCUACGUCGAAUUGGGGAAAAAAGGUUAUUAGUUGGAAUGAUAUGGAAAAAGAUUAUGUGACCAAUGGCAGUAUCGAUGUGGAAGUUCAUGUCAAAAUAAUUCAAAUUACAGAAUUGUCAUGCCAAGAGAAAUCAUUUGUACUAUCCCAUACUGUCAAAAACAUGUCAAGUAUUGAAGAAGGAAGGAGCAUCUUUUCGGACACCCAAACUCGCUUCAACAUUCCAUGGUAAGUUAUUAUUAGUAGAGUAUGUUUAUUCAACUCAAUAUUUCAAGAAAUUGCAAAUUAGAAGACAAGAUGGAUUUAUUGGGCUCUUUCUUAAUUGUUUGAAACAACUAGAUGAAUCCAGAAAUUGGUCAAUUAAAACUGAAUAUCAAUUAAAGUUAGUGUCAACUAAUGGAAGAAAUGUCGCGUUCUAUGGCAAGGUUGUGUUUGAAAACCCAGUGGGUCGUGGAUGGGGUAAACUCAUAAGAUGGGAAAACUGGUCAAACAUGUGCAACGAUGCUUUUGUAUUUGAAGCGAAUGUGAAGAUUCUGGACACGACUGGAAUUGAGGACGAGAAUGAUGUUGAUAGGUUCUCUGGAUUUGCGAUACCAGUGGGGGAUCAGGAGUAUUCAAUGGAGAAGUGGCUGGAAAUGGCCUUCGAUCACUAA